CAGACGCUCACGACGGACACUCAAACGUCUUGUGGAAGUUUUGGGCUCAUAUUGCAUCGCUCAUUUCGGGAUUAGCGGCAUGGAGCAAUCUAGGAUGAUUCAAGGGCUGUGCGACCUCUACAGAAGAGCCCGUCGACGCUCGAAGAUGUCGGUCAACUGAUCCGCGAGGAAGGCCGACGAUCAGCCAUGUCCUCCCACAAACGCAGCUUUCAAUGCUUUAACGCCGUCCCGGCUUCCCGCAAGCACGGCGCCUGCAGGCUCCCUCGCAUCCCCCGCCCGGACGCCGGCGACUCGGCGGACCACUACCUGUGCUCCGAGUGUCGACACGCGCGGGUCUUGGAAGCGCUGCGCUCGCAGGUGUCUCCGCCGUGUCCCUACGAGCACCUCCUUCACCACUGCCACCGGCGGCCGAGCAGGCCCGACGAGCCCCCGCCUCGCGCCAAACGGCUGGUCUUGGUCAAGAACAGCGAGCCGUCCUUCAGGAAAAGCGUCGCACUUCAGCGGAAGGGCCUGAGGAGCUUUGGUCUGUUCCUCGAGGAGGUCUCGGAGCUCAUGGGCUACCACGUCAGGAAGUUGUAUACCCUGGACGGACACAAGGUGGAAAAUGUUCAAAGCGUCAUCCACUGCCCCAAUGUUCUGGUCUGCGUGGGACGAGAACCUACCCAUCCCUCCAUUUUGGAGAGAUUUCGUAAAACCGACGACGAGAAGCUGCCAAAGCUGAACGCCAAGGCAGGAUCGACUGUUGACAACGGAAAUGGAGUUCAAACAAAACUAACAUCCUCCAACAAAUCCAUGAGGAAUUCAGUGUCUUCUGAUAAAUCACUUCCGGAUGGAAACGAAUCUCCGGAUGAUGUCGGUUCUGCACCGCCUACCGCUGAAGGAACGCCUGAGGAUGAUGUCGAAAAACUAGUCCGCGUCAACAAAGACGGAAGCUUGUCCAUGAAGAUGAAAGUCCGCUUCCGGCUAGACAACGACGAAACCUUACUUUGGUCCACCGAAUUGAGAAAAUCUUCCAAUAAAGCCAUCGAGCACUCCGAGGAGCUAGCUAGCAACCGAAACUGCUCCGAGAACUUUUCCAGCCACCAGCCGGUGGAAGCGUAUGUGACGAGGCGCCACCAGAGGAACUCACAGUGCUCUCGCUAUGCUCACGCCUACGAUAUCUGGACGAACACAGGAGGCACGCAGGGAGAUAGUUGCGGCGUUCCGACCUCCAGCUCGAGUGCCUCCUCGUACACGGUGGUCUCCAGGAAGACCCUGGUUCAGAGAUCGAGCGAAGAACAAGUGGUGGAGCAAGAAACAUGUGUUGAAGCCUCUGAAAGCAUGGAGUACUGCACCAUCCGUGCUAAUUCCGAGCAAAAAGAAGACCCUGGAGCUGCUAGUAAUAGUGACAACGCAUCACCGAGUGUGACAAGACCACAUUCACAAAGUGAGAAACCCGAUCAGGAGGAACCCACAGAGGGUGCUGGACCAGAUUUGUCAAGAAAAUCGUCAUCAGCAUCCGGUGACACAAAGUGUUCUGGCAAGAUUAGAAAAUCUAAAAAGUCCUACGCCUGUUACUGUGCAACAUCCAAGGAUGAUCGAGAAAUGAAUCCAGAGGAAUCGGAGAAAGUGGAAAGACAACAGAGUGCCACGUCGGAGAACUCAAAAGAUGAAGAAGGGAAACGAUCCAAAAGUGCCAUGUCAGCUCAAUCAAAUGCCUCAAUUAAAAACGAACCAGAUGUCUUAGAAGGUGACGAAAGACCAUCGACUCAAACGUCAGUCCAGUCUGAGGUACAAAGUGAACAGUGUCAAUCAGAAAAGCAAACUGCUGAAGAAAGACCAGCAACGGGUCAAUCUUCUAAAUCCAAGACAUCAGCCACAUCACGAAGUUCAGCUCAUAUGGAUGAGGAAGAACAUGCCACAGAAAUAGAUGAAGAACCAAGUGAGAGCGGGAUUGGACAAAGAACACAAAGCCAAACGUCUGGAUCGAAAACACCCGAACAAGGUGAAUCCAUGAUAACCGAAGAGGUACAAGACAGACCGUCAAGUGUCCGGUCCUCUGUGUCAAACGUUAGUGAAGUUACUCAAGAAAGAUCCGCAAGUGCCGUGUCAGCAACAUCUGGAAAGUCAAAAACCUCUGAACUUGAUGGAGAUGUGAACUCGGUUGUAUCCUCGACAUUAAACGUGAGGUCCAGACAAUCGAAAACCCCCGAUGCUGAUUACGUGUCAGAUACCACAGAGGCAGCUGAAGAUAGACCGCAAAGUGCAAUCCCAUCUGUAAAAUUGGCAAGUUCUGGCCAAUCAAAAUCAUCUGAACAGCCAGAUGGAGGAGUCGACAACGAGGGCGGUAUUGACGCAGAAGUCGAGGAGGAAACACCCGGUUCUGAUGAAGUCAAGGAACAUUCUAGCAACCAGAGUGACUCUGAAGCAAGGCCUCAAAGUGCCGUGUCAGGAAAAACAACAAAAUCGGAAUCUUCUGCAAUAUCCAUCAAGUCUAAAGCUUCUGAACAACAAAACUGCAGCAAUGUCGAAACAGCAGACAGGGCAGAAAGUGUCAUUUCUGCUAAAUCAGAUUUAUCUAAAAGAUCUUCAAAAGCCGAAGUAUCUCAGGAGGAAGAUACCUGCGAAGAAGAAAACUUGAGAUCGCCAAGCAUCCUGUCAAUUAAAUCUGCUAAAUCGAGCGUCUGUUCAAAGUCGAACGAGGACGAGCGGGAACCCAGUGUGAAAUCUGAGCGAUCAGCUACGUCGGCCAAAUCGAAGCGUUCUGCUAAAUCAAGUGCAUCCAAAGCCAGUGAGGUUCCAGCUGUGGAGUCUCCACUGAACGGUCCUUCAAGAGCGACAAGUGCCAUGUCAGCAAAAUCCCACAUAUCAGUAAAGUCAAGCAAAUCUGGAGGUUCUACUAAGGUUCCUGCAGAAGACCAAUCGCACUGCUCUGAGGACAAAGAACCCGAACAAACAGAAGAAAGACCAUUAAGCUGCACAUCUGCUCAAUCGAUACAGUCCCACAUUUCAGCUGAGAGAUCGGCCAGUGCUUUGUCGGCAAAAUCUGCAAGAAAAUCUGCUAAAUCAAACGCCUCAGAAAUUAGCGUUCCCGACGAAAAUGUGGGAGAGGAACGUGACCAAAGAGGUCAGAGUGCAAUGUCAACCAAAACUGCCAACUCAACCCAUUCUCUGGAUCCCGAUGCAGAAGACAAUGAAGAGAGGGCACUAAGCAGCAAGUCAGUUCAGUCAGGAAGAUCUGCAAAGUCAGAUGUUUCAGCAGCAGCCGCCUGCGUGAAUGAUAGGAUUUCUAAUCACGGAGCUGAUUCUCCACUUGAGGAACCAAGUGAGCGCAUAUCAAUAAGCUCAUUAUCCGUUAAAUCAAGUAAAUCAGAUCGAUCCGGAAGGUCAAAACACUUAUCUGAAGUGCCAAGACCAAAGUCACAUGCUUCAGAGACAUCCAGUGUGUCAAAGGCUGUAACUGAAGAAGUCCAAAGUGUGAUUUCUGACCAUCGAGCUGAUUCUCCACUUGAGGAACCAAGUGAGAGCAUAUCAAUAAGCUCAUUAUCCGUUCAAUCAAGUAAAUCAGCUCGAUCCGGAAGGUCAAAACACUUACCUGAAGUGCCAAGACCAAAGUCACAUGCUUCAAAGACAUCCAAUGUGUCAAAGGCUGUAACUGAAGAAGUCCAAAGUGUGAUUUCUGAUCAUGGAGCUGAUUCUCCACUUGAGGAACCAAGUGAGAGCAUAUCAAUAAGCUCAUUAUCCGCUCAAUCAAGUAAAUCAGCUCGAUCCGGAAGGUCAAAACACUUACCUGAAGAGCCAAGACCAAAGUCACAUGCUUCAGAGACGUCCAAUGUGUCAAAGGCUGUAACUGAAGAAGUCCAAAGUGUGAUUUCUGAUCAUGGAGCUGAUUCUCCACUUGAGGAACCAAGUGAGAGCAUAUCAAUAAGCUCAUUAUCCGUUCAAUCGAGUAUAUCGGCUCGAUCUGGAAGGUCAAAACACUUACCUGAAGAGCCAAGACCAAAGUCACAUGCUUCAGAGACGUCCAAUGUGUCAAAGGCUGUAACUGAAGAAGUCCAAAGUGUGAUUUCUGAUCAUGGAGAAGAAUCUCCACUGGAGGACCCAAGCGAGAGCAUAUCAAUAAGCUCACUGUCCGUUCAAUCAAGUAAAUCGGCUCGAUCCAGUAGGUCGAAACGCUCAGCUGAAGUGCCUAGGCCUAAGUCACAUGCUUCAGAGAUAACUGAAGAAGUCUCCAGCAGAACAGCGAGUAAACUAUCUGCCAAAUCUGCAAAGUCUAUCCAUUCCAAAGUCUCAGCGGAAGAAAACACGUCAGAUCACAAUCAAGCAGAGAGAGCGUCAAGCAAUGUAUCAAUCAGAUCGGCAAAAUCUGAAGUUGUAUCUGAAACAUCUAGAGACAUUUCUGAGGUCGUGAGUGAACAGAGCGUGGAAAUUUCCGAAGUUACGAAUGAAGAACGAGUGACUUCAGGGCAAUCGGUUGCGUCAGAUCGAUCAAAAGAGUCCAAACCAGCUGAAGAAAUCUCUGAAUGCACUGAAAGUGAUUUGGUCCAAUCACAGGCUUCAGGAGUCACUGAAGAAGUGUCUGACUGUCUUGUGACUUCAGAAAGAGUUGCUAGCUCCUUGUCUGCAAAGUCAGUUACGUCCGAGCACUCUGCAAAGUCAAAGACAUCCGCGAUUUCUUCAUCACCUAAAGCCAAUGAAACGGAAUCAGAGAAUAACGGGGAACCUGAAGAGAGAGCAGCAAGCAAAGCAUCUGCAAAGUCAGACAGAACAAAUGUAUCUGAAUUACUGAGUGCAUCUGCUUGUGAGAUUCCUUCAGAAGAAAAUGCUGAGAAUGAAGAGGAAAUAACACAGAGGCCUCGGAGCGCUGUAUCAGCUAAAUCGUCCAGAUCUGCCAAAUCAGCAAAGUCAAAAUCCUCACUUACAGAGCAUGAAAACGAUGACAACAUGGAGAGAGCACCAAGCAAUACCUCUGGAAAAUCAACUAAAUCCAGGAAGUCAAAUUCUUCAGCCGUAUCAAAAAAGUCUAAAACCAUUGAAGAUGUUUCUAAUGUUGAUGACUCUGAAGGAAGAGCAAAGUCUGCUGUCUCAUUGUUGUCUGGCGCCUCCAAAUCAUCUUUACAACCUCCAACUGAAUGUGAAGGAGAAAGUGAAGAAGUAAGAACACACAGUGCGAUGACGGGCAGGUCAAAGACAUCAAAUGUAUCGGACAGGACCCGCGUUGAAGAAAAGCAGGAGACGUCAGGUGCGUUGUCAGUCAAAUCAAAUCGGUCUUCAAGAAGCAGAAACUCCGGAAAAGCCUCGAGUGAACCUCGUGACGCAUCUGAUACAAGAACUAAAAGCGUAAUGUCAAAUGUGUCAGCCAAAUCCAAAAAGUCAGAUGUUCCUGUCGUGGCAGUUGAGGAAUCUGAACACAGAGCAUCCACGGCCAUGUCAUCCAAGUCUAAAACAUCAGCAACAUCUGAAGUUCUGGAAAUGAAAAGCAAAGGAUCAGCAAAAUCUGUCAAAUCCAAGAAAACGGAUGCUUUAGAGAAUGAAGAGGAUGAAAACCAAGCAAAAUCUAUCCCUGAUAUUUGCGAGACUCAAGCCAACGGAGAUGAGAGCGCUGAGCAAGAACCGAAUGGUCCUAAAGACGCUGUAGACAAGCCAACGGAAACUGACGAGGAUGCUCUUGUUCCGUCGAGCCUGCCAAACGCUUCCCUAACGGAAGUCGUCAACGAGUGGCUGAAUAAAAUACCGCCGGAUGGAGAGCUGUUUGAUAUGGAGGAGCUCAAUAGCAACGUGGUAGAAGAAAUCAACGGCGACUCUACAGCUGAGAAUAACAUAAACGGACUGAAUGACGAGAGUGGCGUUUCUGACAAUGAAUGUCAGAAAACAUCAGCGGAAUCAAAAGCUGAAAAUCGUGGGGACGUUGACGCAAAGAUAUUUCACUCUACAGUUCAGGUGAUGAAAGUCCUACUCAACCCAAAGCUCGACAGAUGCAACAGUCUACCAGAGGUUUCUCCUGCGUACGGACGAAAACUAAGCACUUCGGCCACAGGUCUCUUUGAUUGCCUCGCGAAGUUGCAGUUAAUAGACAGCGACCCUAAAAACGCAGAUGAAAAAUGUGAGCGAUACAAAGCGCUCAUGGACAUUCUUCGGUCUCUGUGGCUUUGCGGCACGAUAGAAAACGAAGUUGUGUUAGAAGAAAAAGCCGACCGGCACUCUGACAAGGAUUUUAAUCACGGAUCGUCCUCUGGCGUGGAUGUUAACAGCGGCUCCACAGGUUCUGGAAAGAGCAGCGAUGGUAGAAACCAACCAAAAAACCUUGCAGGUACACAAGACAAAGCACAGGAAGUCCACCAGAAUGAAGAAGCAGGUGGAGCAGAAGAAGAACAAACACAAGAAGGCACCCCAAAGGAAGAUCCAUCAACCAAUGAGACUAUUAGAAGCAACGACAGUCCACGAGAACUCUGUGACAGCCCAUCAUCUACUAACAAGUGCUCAGAAACUGGUCAGAGGCUUGAAACAGACGCCGUUUCUGAGAGUCCAGUACUGUCGAAUAAACAGCCAUCGCAAGACCCCGAUCCUGUGUGGGUCCUCAGUUUACUAACCAAAAUAGAAAAGCAGUUCAUGACUCAUUACGUCAAUGCGAUGAGCGAGUUCAAAGACCAGUGGAACAUCGAUGAUAACGAGCAGUUUGAUGUGAUGAUAAGCGAACUUAGAGAUGAAAUUCACAGGCGCAUUCAAACGAGUAUAAACAGAGAACUGGGUAAGAUUAAAGGUCGGGCAGGCCUGCCGAGACCACCCAAAGAAGCAAAGUCCAGACCUUCGACCACCCAGACUGAUGAGAGGAGACGAAGGCUUAGGAUGAAAACCAGACGGUCGGGCAGGAGUGAUGAUUCGGCGACGAGCAGCAUUUUUAGCGACCUGCGUGGUGAAAACGAGGACGAAAACUGCCCAUGCGACUCAUGCAUUAAUAAGAAACUGUCACGGGGGACUCGACUUCCGGCAGAAAUACUGAAUACUGCCCCAGUUCUCAUGGACUUUGAUUUAAAGAAGAUUCUUCAGAUGAGAAAUGAUGAUCCUUCUGAGGAAUUUCUAGCCAACAGUCAAGCAAAAGCAGCAGCAGCAUCACUUGUUGGACAGAUCCUCGAUCACGCUGUUAAAGAAGCAGUGGAAGAUGAUGUAAAUGAGACGGACGAUAUGUUUGCAGAACCAGAAAAAGAAACUGAAGUCGAAGAUAAAGAUGAAGAGGCCAUUUCUGAAAAUGAUCCAUCAAAAGAUAGUGAGUGCGCAGUCUCGUGUGCAGCUGAAGAUGAAGAUCAAGCAAAGGAACUGGCUGUUGAAGACAUGUUACAAGAACUUGAAGAAGAUGGAGAUGAUAAGGCCAAUGAAACUCCUACUUGCAGUGGGGAUGAAAGUGAUGAUGCAUCCACCAUGAAGGGCUCAAAUACUGAGGAUGAGGUACAGGCUGAAAAUGUGAUGACUGAGGAAGCUGGAGAUGAUGAAGAUCCAGCGCAAGAAGAUGCAGAGGCCGCUGUAUCUAUGGAAGAUGAAGAAAGAGGAAUUGAAGCUGAAAAGGAGGAACCUCCUGGUCCAAGUGCUGAUGAGAAUGAUGACCCAGCUACCACGAAUGAAUCAAAUGAAGACGACGAGCCGGACAAGGAUGAAGAUGCACCACAAGAGGCCACUAUCACAGCUUCAGAGGAAGAAAAGACACAAGAAGAUGAAGACGGGGCAGAAGAUGUCAAGAACUCAAAUGAAGAUGCAAAUACAGACGAUGAGGUUUCUGCGGCUGAAGAUGGAGAAGAUGAAGUUGUAGAACUAGAGGUCGCCACGGAAUCUACAGGUGUAAAACAAUCUGAGGCUGACGAAGAAGAGGAAAAAAAGUCUCCUGUUACGAAUGGAGAUGAUAAUGAUGCUGAGGUUCCACAAACCACCGAAGAUGAUGAUGCAGCAGCCGCAUGUGAACAGGAAGAAGCAGGAGAAGAGGACGAUGGUCAAGAGGAGACUCUUGCUACAAGUGGAGCUGAAGAUGAAGAUGCUGUAGCAGAUGAAAUAACGGAUGAAGAGGUUCCCGAAACCGCCGAAGAUGAAGAUGUAGCACCAGAGACGGCUUCCAUUAAAGGUGAAUCUGACGAAGGAGAAGUGAGUGGUGAAGAAGAGCCUUCUGCCACAAGCGGUGCAGAAAAUGAUGAUCAGAGUGCGGCAGAAGACGGGGUGAUGACUGAAGAGGUAUCUGAAACAGCCAAAGAUGAAGAUGCUGAAGAGGGAGCUACGAGCGAGCCUGAAUCUGAGGUGGACAAAGAACCAAGAGCCAGUGGUGAAGAGGAGACUCCUGUCACUAGCGGAGAUGAAAAUGAUGGUGCUACUUCAAAAGAAGAUGACACAGCCAUGGAGGUUGACGACGUUUCUGCGGAAGCUGAAGAUGACAAUUCAUCCUUAGUGGACACCAAGACAGCCACGAGUGAGGAUGAAGCAAAGGAAGUUGAAGAAGGGACAGUCAACGAAGAUCAGAAUAUUUCUUGUACCAGUGGAAAUGAAAACGAAGAUGCUGACGAUGAGAAUACUACAGAGAAGGACUUGUCAGCCACGAGCCAAGACGACGCCAAGGACGAGACUGCUGGAGACGAGGCAACUCUACCUGAUGGAGAAGAGGAGGAUGCCGAAGAAGCAGAUGAGACAUCCACCUAUAAUCAAACCUCUGAUCAAGCAGAGGAUGAGGAGGGAGGGACACUCACUGCAGAUGAGGGAGGAGAUGACGAGGUUGUCGAAAAGUCCGUGGAUGAAGAAGAUCCAGAUGAAGAGCCAGGUGAAGAGACUGUAGGAGUAGAACAUGCCACUGAAAGUCAAGAAGACUGUGAAAAAUCAGAAGAUAACGAUCUGGAUGACACCACGGCAAACGCAAGCGAACAUGAAGAAGACGAGGUUGCGGACAGAACUGAGGAUGAUGGUGGUGAAGACGAUGCUGAAGAAGAUCUGGAUGCUAAUGAAGGUGCCGAUGAAGAGUCGGCAUUGUCUGAAAAAGAAUCUGAGAACACCUCUAAAGACGAAGAUGCAAUUACUAAUGAAUCGGCGUCUGAAGAGCCAGAAGCAGAAGAAUCAGGAGGAACUGAUGAUGAAGAAGCAUCAGGUGGUGGUUCCACAGAGGCUGCUGUAGAAGAGGAGGGAGGAAACAACGAAGAACAGGAAGAUGAAGUUGGAGGAGAAGAACAAAAUGACACGGGAAAGGACGAUCAAGAUGAGAACAAUGACGAAACGAAUAUCGAUACUUUGGAAGCAUCUGAAAAGGAGGAGGAAGAGCCCGAAGUCACCAAUGUUGAAAGUCAAGAAGAUAUAAGCGAUCUGGGGGCAGAAAAUCAAGAACCCAAUGAACCAAGUGAAGAGGGAGAAAAUGAAGAUGACGAUGAAAAAGAGGAGGAACCCGAGGUGACCACUGAAGACGUUCAGGAUGAUGUGACGGAUCAGGAAGCUGAAAAUGAGGAAAACAAUGACGCAAGUGAAGGAGAUCAAGAUGAAGAAGAAACAAACAAAGACACUUUGGAAGCAUCUGAAAAUGAGGACGAAAAACAGAUCAAGGAUGAAAGUAACGAAGAUGGAAGUGAACUGGAAUCAGAAAACCAAGACGGCAACGAAGCAAGUGAAGGAGACAAUGAAGAUGGCGAUGAAAAAGAGGAGGAACCCGAGGUGACCACUGAAGACGUUCAAGAUGAUGUGACAGACCAGGAAGCUGAAAAUGAGGAAAACAAUGACGCAAGUGAAGGAGAUCAAUCAAAUACAAAUGACGAUCAAGAUGAAGAAGACACAAACAAAGACACUUUGGAAGCAUCUGAAAAUGAGGACGAAGAACAGACCAAGGACGAAAGUAAUGAAGAUGGAAGUGAACUGGAAUCAGAAAAUCAAGACAGCAACGAAGCAAGUCAAGAAGGAGACAAUGAACUAGACGAAGAUCAAGAAGAAGAGGAAGAACCCCAGGUCUCCAACAACAACGAUCCAGAUGGUGUUACCGAUCUGGGAGAUGAGAAUCCGGAAACCAACGAAGCAAGCGAAGAAGACCCCCCGAAUGAUGAUGACAACCAAAAUGAAGAAGAACCAAAUGGGGAAACUUUGGAAGCAUCUGAAAAAGAGAAAGAAGAACCCGACGUGACCAAUGAGGAAGACAAUGAAAAAGACGCUGAUCAAGAAGAUGAAGAACCCGAAGCGAGUCCAGAAAACAACGAUGAUCCAGAUGAGGCAGCUGAUCUGGGAACUGAAAACGAGGAAGCCGAUGAAGCAUGUGAAGAAGACCAACCCAAUGAUGAUGCCCUCCAAGAUGAAGAAGCAAAUGGAGACACUUUGGAAGCAUCUGAAAAUGAGAUGGAAGAACCUGAAGUGCCCAACGAGGAAGAUCCAAAUGAGGAAAACGACGAAAUAAAUGAUGAUCAAGAAGAGGAAGAAACUGAAGUGAAUCCAGAUAACGAAGAUCUGGAUGAGGUAGCUGAACUGGGAACUGAAAACGAGGAAAACGAUGAAGCACGUGAAGUAGACCAAACAAAUGAUGAAGACCACCAAGAUGAAGAAGAAGCAAAUGAGGAGACUUUGGAAGCGUCUGAAAAAGAGAUGGAAGACCCUGAAGUGGCCAAUGAGGAUGAACCAAAUGAUGAAAACGAAAUAAACGACAAAGCUGAAGAAGACGAAGAACCUGAAGUGAAUCUAGAUCAGAACGAAGAGCUGGAUGAGGUGGUCGAGUUGGGAACUGAAAACGAAGCUGGCAAAGAAGGACUACCGGAAGAUCGAGACGGCAAGGAAACAAACGAAGGAACCUUCGACGCCUCUGAAAAAGACGCACAAGAACGCAAUUCCGCCGAUCAGGGCGAUUCGGCGGAUGGCGAGGACGAAGCGGAAUCCGAUGACGGUGAAGACGAAGCGGACGAUGAGCGUGACUUCAUCCCUGGCAAACCGGCCAAUCAGGUGUCUGCUAACACUGGCGUCGAGGAAAUGUCAACGUUAAAAGUAAACGCUGCUUUGAAAAAAGCCAAAGCUGAAUCCGAGGAUGGCGUCUACGCGGACGGCGAAGACUCCGACGCGUGAACUUUAACGGCAAGUGGGACAUGGGAUGCAGUCUUGGGGUGGUCCUUGGUGGACCCCUUCACUGUGUAUACCUCCACUAUAUUCAAGCAGCACAACCCAAGACCUCCAUGAUGAGGCAGCUACAUAUUACAUCAGCUCGUUGAGGCAACAGACUCAAUCAAAAAACUAAAAAAAAAAAAAAAACAUGUUUGAGAACUGUACUCAGAGUUAAGCUGAAACUGUUUAGAUUGUUUUAAUGAAUCCGAUUUGAUGGCCAAUGAGUAUAUAUUUUUUGCACAUAUGUAAUCAGUAACUUCAUUUUUCCGUCCUUUUAAAGUUUCGGUUCCAAUUUUGAGAAUAUAAUACUGUAUAUGUUCUAGUUAACUUGAUAUUUUUAAAAAGUUAACAUCAGGCUGAUAUCGUAGCCAAGUAUGUAUGAAAACUAUGAAAGAGGUAGGUGGUACCUCAAGUUGAUGUAAAAAGCACAGUUUGUCUGGAAAUAAAAAGCAUAUGCACUUUAAAAUACUUAACUGCAGUCAUUAUUUUAACAAAAAAGUAAAUUGAAGAAGUGUGCAUUGAAUUCUCGGGAGUCAUUUAAAGGAACACUUUAUAACUUUUCAGUUUUGGUUGACUUUAGCGAUGCCGGCGGACAAAAGCGGUAGUGUUUCACCUUAAAGUGCCUGUGACAGCAUAAAAAAAAUCUUAAAUAUAUAUACUGAUACUGUACAAUAAACACAUUAAGCUGAAUAAAUACAAAAAAAAAUCCUUAAAUUCCGGCGAGAGAGAAAAAAAAAAAGACAGAAAUGAAGCAUUAUUUGUCCAAAGAGCAUGAGUGCCCUCUUGUGGAGAAAAUAGUUCCUAGUUUGAAUAGUGAAUAGUUAUUUUGUAUAUACUAUAAUUAAAAGAAUCACGUCUCCGGUUUUCCGUGGUCAAUCGGAGACAAAUAACAACUGGGAGAGAGGUUAAAAUCCACGCUUUCGAGUAAUGUUGAGGGCAGCGCUCUAUAUCAAAUACUUCAUUUUUUACAGUGCUUUAAAGACACCACAUGAUUGAAUAGGUUGGCAUGAAGAUAGAACGGCAAGCUUGCUUCUGGUUGGGUGUAAUGGAGUCAUGUGAUUAUUGUUGCGACGUCUCGGUGAAAUCGAGUGAGCUUCUCUUAGCAUUGCUGGCUAAAAAAAGAAUAAAUCUAAUAUGUACUGUAGAAGCGGAAAAAUGUAAGAGUUUUUUUCUUCACAAAUCUACUCAAGUAAAAGUAAAAAGUAGGGCUGUCAAACGAUUAAAAUGUUUAAUCAAGUUAAUUACAGCUUAAAAAUUAAUUAAUCGUAAUUAAUCGCAAUUCAAACCAUCUAUAAAAUAUGCCAUAUUUUUUUGUUGGAAUGGAAAGAUAAGACAAGACGGAUAUAUACAUUUAACAUACGGUACAUAAGUACUGUAUUUGUUUACAAUAAAUCAAGAUAGCAUUAACAUUAUUAACAUUCUCUUAAAGUGAUCCAUGGAUAGAAAGACUUGUCGUUCUUAAAAGAUAAAUGUUAGUACAAGUUAUAUAAUUUUAUAUUAAAACCCCUCUUAAUGUUUUCCUUUUAUUAAAAUUUGUAAAAUUUUCAAUCUAAAAAUAAAAAAGUAGCUCACCAUUGUUGAUGUCAAUAAUUACACAAUGCUCACUCAUGGUAGUAACCCAUAAAAUCAGUUGGACCAAAGCGCCAGCGGAGGACGCCAAACACCAAAAAACAAGUAACAAACGGACAUUACACUGUACUGUCAUUUUAAUCUGUUUGAGCGGGACAUGUGCGUUAAUUGCGUCAAAUAUUUUAACGUGAUCAAUUUAAAAAAUUAAUUACCGCCCGUUAACGCGAUAUAUUUGACAGCCCUAGUAAAAAGUAUAGCUUAGUAAAACUACUUUUAGAAGUACAUUUUUAUCAAAAAGUUACUCAUGUAACGGAGUACAUGUAACACAUUACUAACCACCUGUGGUGUUGCUUUAAAUCGAUAGUUAACAUUCUUGGACCCACAAUGAACUACAUGCUGGCUCCAAUUAACAUUGAACAAUAACCUACAAACCCCAUUGGGUCCGACUUACAUUAAACCUGGACCCACAAAAUACUACAGUACUAGUACAGUAUAUUCUAUUCUAAUUACAUCAUAUUACUAGAAAAAUGUUCACCCCUUUUGACCUAAUAUUUGACCAAAAACUUCGCAUGAAAUCCCUUUUACAAAUGUAUACAAGGUUCUUUUCAUAUACACAUCAUUCACAUUUAAAUGGACUAUUUGUGAAUUUUAGAGUUAAUUUAAAAUCAUUUUCUACCAUUCGAUCACUGCCAGCCCCCCAGUCAAAUUGGAUUGGACGCCUAUCGCCGUCAAGGGCAGUGAAACAUGAUCAGUUCAUGAGU